AGUUAGCCCGCUGCUGCCACCUCAACAUGGAGUAAGGAGAGGGAGCUCGGCGUUUACUGCUAACCAGCGGAGCCCACAGAGAGGAAUACGCGACGGCCUCUGCUCGAUUCAAGCGCCGAAGUCCCCGCCAAUGCUCCAGCAGCGGUUCUUUUCUGCUCGCUCGAAGGAAAGCUCGGCUUUUAUUUGAAAGAUGGCGAACGACUCUCCAGCUAAAAGUCUGGUAGACAUAGACUUGGCUUCAUUGCGGGAUCCAGCUGGGAUAUUUGAAUUGGUGGAGGUGGUUGGAAAUGGCACCUAUGGACAAGUAUACAAGGGGCGUCAUGUCAAGACUGGACAGCUGGCUGCCAUCAAAGUCAUGGACGUCACCGAGGAUGAGGAGGAAGAAAUCAAACUGGAGAUCAAUAUGCUGAAGAAAUACUCCCACCAUCGGAACAUAGCUACUUACUAUGGUGCUUUCAUUAAGAAAAGCCCCCCGGGACACGACGACCAGCUAUGGUUGGUGAUGGAGUUCUGUGGAGCCGGUUCAAUCACAGACUUGGUGAAGAACACGAAGGGGAACCAACUGAAGGAGGACUGGAUCGCCUACAUCUCCAGAGAGAUCCUAAGAGGUCUUGCCCACCUUCAUGCCCACCACGUCAUCCAUCGAGACAUCAAGGGCCAGAACGUCCUGCUGACAGAGAAUGCUGAAGUCAAAUUAGUCGACUUUGGCGUGAGCGCUCAGCUGGAUCGGACAGUCGGGAGGAGGAACACCUUCAUCGGGACGCCUUAUUGGAUGGCUCCAGAGGUCAUUGCCUGUGACGAGAACCCAGAUGCUACAUACGAUUACAGAAGUGAUUUGUGGUCGUGUGGUAUCACGGCUAUAGAAAUGGCUGAAGGAGCACCACCUCUAUGUGACAUGCACCCAAUGAGAGCGCUCUUCCUUAUCCCUAGAAACCCUCCUCCUCGGCUCAAAUCUAAAAAAUGGUCCAAAAAGUUUUUCAGCUUCAUUGAGAGCUGUUUGGUGAAGAACUACACUCAACGCCCGCCAACAGAGCAGCUGCUGAAGCACCCGUUCAUCCGGGACCAGCCCAACGAGAGGCAAGUCCGCAUCCAGCUCAAAGACCACAUCGACCGGACCAAGAAGAAGAGGGGAGAGAAAGAUGAGACGGAGUACGAGUACAGCGGCAGUGAGGAAGAGGAGGAGGAUCCUCCAGAGCAGGAAGGAGAGCCAAGCUCAAUAGUUAACGUACCUGGUGAGUCCACUCUGCGCCGUGACUUCAUCCGCCUGCAGCAGGAAAACAAGGAGCGAUCUGAGGCGCUCCGUCGUCAGCAGCUUCUCCAGGAGCAGCAGCUCCGGGAGCAGGAGGAGUACAAGCGCCAACUGCUGGCCGAACGGCAGAAACGCAUCGAGCAACAGAAGGAACAGAGGAGACGGCUCGAAGAACAACAACGACGUGAACGAGAGAUGAGGAGACAACAGGAGCGCGAGCAGCGUCGCCGCGAGCAAGAGGAGAAGAGGAGGAUUGAGGAGAUGGAUCGAAGGCGCAAAGAGGAAGAGGAGCGCCGACGGGCUGAAGAUGAGAAGAGAAGAAAUGAUCGUGAACAGGAGUACAUCAGACGUCAGCUGGAGGAGGAGCAGAGACACCUGGAGAUGCUGCAGGAGCAGCUGCUGCGAGAACAAGCCAUGCUGCUGUCAGGCAAACGCAGGCUGCCGUCUCUUUUCUCCACCUUGAAUCAACCCCACACUCUGCAACAGGAGUUCAAGUGGCGGGAACUCGAGGAGCAGCGCAAGGCCGAGCGGCUCCACAAGCGGCUGCAGCAGGAGCAGGCGUACCUGCUGUCGCUGCAGCACGAACCCAAACAGCAGCCCGGAGACAAGACCAAACCCCCCUCAGACCAUGACAAACUCCCACAGACCUCCACUCUGCCCCCUGACACUGCACCCCCUCAGACUCAGGUCCCAGACUCAGGUGCUGGUUCUGCAGCCAGAGGCACGUCGGCCCCUCAGACUCUGCCUUUGGAGAGCUCCAAAUCUCAGGCUGCAGAGCCAGAAAAGACUGACUCAGAAGAGACGUCUCUGAACCAGCUGACAGACUCCCCUCAGACUGAAACCCCCCCAGACUCUGACCAUCCACAGGCAGAAAGUUUGGAUCCCGACAGGCCCUCAGAGGCCGUCAGUCAUCCUCCUCAGGCUGUCAGAGAGGCUGACGAGAGAUAUCGUAAAAACAUUCAGGGCUCCCCUCAGACCGCCCCUCCUCCCAAGCAGCCCCCUCUGCCUCCCCGCUCCUCUGAACCGUUCUCCAACGGCGGCUCCUCCGAGGCGUCCGCCAUGCACCGGCCCAUGGAGCCUCAGGUGCAGUGGUCCCACCUGGCUGCCCUAAAAAGCAGCAACAGCGCCGCCCCCUCUCCUCCUGCUGCUCCGCCCGUCGUCUCUCGCUCCCAGUCCUUCAGCGAGACGGGCGCCGGCGGCGUCACCUCUAACUUUGCACAGCUCCACCUGCGCUCCCAGGACCAUCACCACCACCCAUCGCCCGCACGCACUGACCCCCAGCCCCAACCUCCCCCCCACCACCCCCACAGGCUGGAGCACCAGGCCAGCAGUGAGGAGGUGCCUCCAAAGGUCCCAGUGAGGACAACAUCCAGGUCUCCGGUUCUGUCACGCAGAGAGUCUCCUCUUCCAUCACAGCCCGGAAACCAGGGAGGACAGAGGAACGCUGGCAGUAACGUGGAGCAGCGCCCCCUGUGGGACCGAGUGGAGAAGCUGCAGCCUCGACCCGGCAGCGGCAGCUCGUCUGGCUCCUCAAACUCCAGCUCUCAGGCCAGUCCUGGAGACCGCUUCAGGCCACGCUGUGAGUCCCCUGCUUCCUCUAAAUCAGAAGGCUCACCUCUCCAGCGGCCUGAAAACAUCCCUAAAAAAACAGAAGAAAAGAACGCGUCCCGGCCCACUCGACCAGCUGGUGACGCGGAUCUGACCGCUCUGGCGAAGGAGCUUCGUGCUGUCGAUGACGUGAAGCCUCCCCACAAAGUCACUGACUAUUCCUCCUCCAGCGAGGAGUCGGGCACCACUGAUGAAGAAGACGAUGAAGAGGUGGACCAGGAGGCUGGAGAAGAGUCCACUUCAGGAGCCGAGGACUCCCGAGCUGGAUAUCCACAUGGCUUCCGCAGGAGGCAGAGCAACGGCGAGACCGAGUCGGCUAAGACCAUGCUGGUGGAAGACUCGGAGAGCGACCAGGCGUUGACGCCCUCCAAAGACGGCACGCUGGUCAUCAGACAGAGCACCGCUGAAAUAAAGCGGCUGGUCAAUCUCUCAUCCUCCUCCUCCUCCUCCUCACCUUCCUCGGCCGGCUCCGGUCACAGCCACUGCCCGCCCCAACCCCCCGGCCACGGCCUGCUGGAGAAAAACGGCUUUGCCGGCCGCAUACACCACCUACCUGACCUUAUCCAGCAGAGCCAUCACUCCCCCUCCUCAUCCACAAACAUCCCUCCCUCCUCCUCCUCAUCCUCCUUCCCUUCAUCGUCUAGCCAUCCCAGUCCUGCCAUGUCCCCACAGACCUCCCUGGAAAACUUCACUGCCAUAGAGUCCCAGUCUGAAAGCAGCUCCAUGUCCAAACACAAGUCUUCCUCCUCCUUCACUCCCUUCAUCGACCCUCGUCUUCUUCAAGUGUCUCCAUCCAGCGGCAGCUCUCUCAACAACAUGGCAGCGUUCGGGCAGGACGGGCGGCUGCCGGACCCACUGAGGGCGGAAGCGUCCCGUAAAGGUUCCGUGGUCAACGUGAACCCCGUGAACACGCGUCCACCCAGCGACACACCAGAGAUCCGCAAGUACAAGAAGAGGUUCAACUCUGAGAUCCUGUGUGCUGCUCUCUGGGGAGUGAACCUGCUGGUGGGCACAGAGAGCGGUCUGAUGCUGCUGGACCGGAGCGGUCAGGGGAAAGUUUACCCGCUGAUCAGCAGACGACGCAUCCAGCAGAUGGACGUCCUGGAGGGACUCAACGUUCUAGUCACCAUAUCAGGUAAAAAGAACAAGCUGCGGGUUUAUUACCUCUCAUGGCUGAGGAACAAGAUUUUGCACAACGACCCUGAGGUGGAGAAGAAGCAGGGUUGGGUUAACGUGGGCGACCUGGAGGGUUGUGUCCACUACAAAGUCGUGAAAUAUGAGAGGAUAAAGUUCUUGGUGCUGGCCUUGAAGAACUCGGUGGAGGUUUACGCCUGGGCGCCCAAACCUUACCACAAGUUCAUGGCCUUUAAGUCUUUCGGUGACCUGGUGCACAAGCCUCUGCUGGUCGACCUGACGGUGGAGGAAGGUCAGCGGUUAAAGGUCAUCUACGGCUCGUGCUCAGGCUUCCAUGCUGUGGACGUGGACUCUGGUGCUGUUUACGACAUCUACCUGCCCACACAUAUCCAGACCAGCAUUCAGUGCCAUGCCAUCAUCAUUUUGCCAAACACUGACGGGAUCGAGCUGCUGGUGUGUUACGAGGACGAGGGCGUCUACGUCAACACCUAUGGACGCAUCACCAAGGACGUGGUGCUGCAGUGGGGAGAGAUGCCAACUUCAGUGGCCUACAUUAGGUCAAACCAGAUCAUGGGCUGGGGUGAGAAGGCCAUCGAGAUCCGCUCAGUGGAGACGGGACAUCUGGACGGCGUCUUUAUGCACAAGAGAGCUCAGAGACUCAAAUUCCUUUGUGAGAGGAAUGACAAGGUCUUCUUCGCCUCUGUGCGCCAAGGCGGAGCCAGCCAGGUGUACUUCAUGACCCUGGGACGCACUUCCCUCAUGAGCUGGUAGCCGACACCCCAUUUCGCCAGGCGAUGUGACGACCACACCUUAGCAGAGACCAACAGAAGACAAAUGUGACUAUGACCGACGACGACGAAGAAGCGCCAAGAGCGGCUUCCUCUCGCCUGCUCGGUCUGACAAGAUCGGACUGUAAUCCUGAAAAGAAACGAGGGAUGGGUGUGUUUAUUCCUGGAGGGGAAGUAGAAACCCCCCGCCCCUGCCUGCCUCACGGUUUCUCUCACCUCCCCCUCUUCCUCUGCGGGGCGUGGGAUGUGACGCCUGUUGACGGUAAAUCUUUGUGUCAUAGUAAAUCUUUGCAUCGUGUACGUGUGAACGGAGGAAGCAUGUGAAUGACUGAGCGUUAGAGGCUAAGCGCGCCUGUUGCUGUAAUCGAAGAAGGCGAAUACUGUACGUGUGUUUAGCUCUGGUUCUGUUCAGGUAACUCCUCCUCUUCCUCCCACGGUAGAUUCUCAUAUUAACACUAGUUCACAGCCACUGUUUUCCUCCUUUAAAUAACGCCUGACGUGUAAAUCUGCCUCUGUGUCUUCACUUUUUUGCCUUCUCCUCCUUAAAGUGAAGAUUUUUUUAAGGGACCUUUUUCUUGAUAUAUCCGUAAACAAACAGGGUACUGGAUAUCAACGUGUACAUACUAACUACAUGCCUCACGUACUGUAGGUGAUAUCGGACAGAUGUAGCCCUGUUUAUGGCAGCAUGUUGCUUUGGUGUUAUCGACACGGAUUAGCCCCAGUUUUUCAGACACUGUAUAUUUUGUAUGUGACUCGCUGCACAUGAGUAAUGCAGAGGAAAACAAGGAAGAGAAGGAAGGGUCAUCACAUCAUCCAAAUAUGGCAGGAAAACCAGACAUUGGUGCUGCUUUUAUUGAAGUUUAUUGGGCAAAACUAGAAGAAAAUACCGACUCUAGAUGUUUGCAAAAUCCCACAUUGGCAUAUUUAUUCUAAUACUGCACCUUAGUCUUCUGCAUUUGUUUCAGAAUAUUCUACAUUAUUGUGCGUAUGUAAGUGAUUUAGAAAUGAUGUAAACAUGCAGUUUGUUUAGCCGAGGGUCCUCGGACCUUAAAGUUGAUAAUACUCUAAUCCCCGUCUGCAGAAUAGUUGGCUGACAAUGCAUAAUAAACCUAUACCUGAUUAACUUUGCAAAGUCACACCUGUGCAAAAACAGUUAAAAACUCAUCUUAUUUCAUUUUCAGUGUAAAAUUCGCCUAAAUCAUCUGCACUGGUGACAGGUGGCAUGUUUGCCUUUAGAAAUCAGUCCAAAAAUUUCAAUUUUCUUCAAAUUCUCCUCUGUAAAAAACUCAUAUUUGGUCUAAAAGAUACAAAAGCAACUUUGAAAAGGCAAAGCGAUGUAGAUUAACCAGCAGGGGGCGCUCUAAUCUUGCAGCUUCAGUACUCUGCAGAAUAUGUAGCAGGUAAUGAGAUGGAUGAUGCACCAUAUACCAACGAUGCUAAAUAAAUCUCGUACUCUAAAAAAGGAAUGUUCUGAGUGACUUUGCAUGGUCCCAUCUGUGCAAAAACUGAUGUACAAAGAUGCAUUGGAACUCCAGCAUAGCUGUACCUGCAUCUGCAGAACUAUCUGCAGUUGAGUCUCAGAAGAUCCCAGAUCAGUCAGACUCUACCAUAUCUUUGACGUGAUCCACAGUAUCAGCUCAAACAAGCCCUCAUUUGGUUCCAAAUGCAUAAAACUAAUUUAGUAAUGCUGUAAUUGCUGUGUUUGUCCAGCAGAGGGCGCUGUGGCUCCAUACUGAGCAGCAGUCAGGACUGUCUGCAGAAAAUGUAGCAGGGAAUCAGACUGUUGUAACCACUGGAAUUGUUUGACAAUGCAUAAUAAAAGCUAUGUGUUUAUUUGAAAAUCAUGCCGAGGAGAUUUAUUUCAUUUCCAGCUAAAAUAAGUCUACAUUGACUGCAUGACUCAACCAAUUCCAGCCCAAAUUUUACAAAUUUCUUUGUAAGCUGCUCCUUUCUUUUGCCUGAUAUAGAACAUUUUUAACAAGAUGGUUGAGACUAAACUUGAACAGGUGUAGUGCAAAGAUUGUCCAGCAGAGGGGGACAAAACAAAGGCGAAAACCCAGGAAAUUCCCCGGAAAAUUAUCCGAGGACUGUCUGCAGAAUAUGUAGCAGAGAACUGAAAGCGACUGCACUCGCUAUAUUUGGAUGGUAAUGCAUUUUUAAAGCCAUUUAUGAAAACAAACAUUCAGAGUAACUUUACAUGAUCACACCGUUUAUGUAGAAUUGUCUGUUUCAAUUCCAGUGCAAAAUGCGUUCUCUGCAGAAUAUGUAGCAGGGAAUCAGACAGAACUCAUCAAAUCCCUUCUGCAUUAAUCUUUAAAGAGCUUUUUAGAUAGAUAAUAGAUAAUUGCAUGGUUAUAUCAGAGCAAAAUGAAUUUAAAUAUUCACAUAGAAAUUCUAUAUCAGUGCGAAAUACAUCUUUAUCUAUCUAUGGCAGCAAAAACCAGCUCCUUUUUGGUUCAGUGACUGUAAAACAUGGCCAAACAGGGUAGGCUGGCUGCACAAAUCUGUAAUCUGUAGGGUAUUUCCAUUAUUUUUUAAUGCAAACAUGAAAUCACACAGAAUUGAAGCUAACCAUGUUUGCUGCACUAACUUCAGUAGAAAAAGCACCAAUGUAGCGCUCAGAUGUCAUGAUCCUUCCUGCCUUUUUUAGCUUCCUUGGUAUAAAAAUGCAGGACGCACACAUUGAUGAGUUCUUUAAAGGGAAAAUCCACCCAUUAAUAUCAUGAACCUGUCACUGUAUUUAGGGCUAACAACACACUUUCACACACUCAUCGCCUUGAAGUCUGCAGUCUGUUUUUUUUUUACUGGAAAUAUUAACAAACAACCCGGAAAUGUGAGCCUGUCACCAAACAAAAAAGGGUGGAUUUUUCCUUUAAUGAUGGUUGAAGUAGGGCUAGAAUAAAACUGUGAAUUAGCAAGUGGCCGUUAAGGUAGCAUGGACGUGACCGUAAGGGAACGAAGGCAGUGUGCAAAGAGAAGAUUUCACAUCCACAAUCAUCAGACUCUUUACAGUUGCCUUACAAGGAUCCCCAGAAAACCCCGCUGAGUUUUUUUUGUGUACCGUAGGAAUAAAAGCGUCUAAACCAGCCAUGUGUUUCGAUAUUGGACCUCUUUUUUGUGCCAUUUUUGGCCUCAAAUCAUGUUUAACUGGACCACACUCUCUUUUUUUGUCACUUUUUCUUCCCGUGUACGGCGGCCUCCUCGUGCCGCUAAUCCUGCAGCUCACACGCAUGUACGAAUGAUCAAUCUGAGAAAAUCACUCCUUCCCCGUGUUCCAUCCCGCUCUCAGUACGGGCGGCGCCUUCACUGUCAAAGCCAGGAGCUGCAGAUUCUUUAAAAAUGACGCAUUCACUGUCUGCAAAGAAGGCGUAAAGUACUUUUAGCAGUGUUAGAAAACCACUCCAGACGGCACAGACUCAUCUUUUUAACUCUUAGUUUUUAGCCUCCAUUUUUAUUACGUAACCCUUCGGAUAAGUAUGCGACUGCAGUGGUUUUUGAAUUGUAAUGCACACCUUAUGUUGAAAUGUUUACAGAAGCAAUUGUUUUGUUAAACCAAUGUGCAUCGAUAUGAAUAUUUAUGGUUUAUUUUGAGGGCAGUUUCUCCCCGUUCUUUUGUAUUUUGUAUUAUUCCCUUUUUGUACUAUCAUUUAGACGUUUGUGUACAGGAUUAAUCGACUUUUGCUCACCACGUUAUGAAUUACACCAGUCUCCAGUGUGAUUUCACCGAUCCCUCUACAUCCUGCAUUAGUGCACAGUGUGCCCCUGACGGAGGCGGUGGUGUCAGGUGACAUGUACCCCCGACGUCUCUGCCAUGCCUCUCUAAUUUAUGUCCUCUGUGUGUACUAUGGGAAUUACUGUAUUUUCCUGAAGGUCUUUUUUUUCCAUUGAAUAAAAUCAGAAGUAAUUUA